CCAAUACACCUCAGGUUUCCUUCCAGCAAUGGCAGCUCAGACUGGAGCAGCGCUCCUCCUCACCAGCCUCCUCAUUACUCUUGCAACCAUCGCCAGCAGCAACACUGAAGGCGACAUCCUUUACGCGCAAAGGCAGGCGUGGAAUGACCCCAACGGCGUGCUCCAGAGCUGGGAUCCGACCCUUGUUGAUCCCUGCUUUUGGUUUCAUGUCUGCUGCAACGGCGACAAGUCCGUCACCCGAGUGGAUUUGGGGAAUGCAGGCAUCUCAGGCCCCCUGAUUCCUGAACUGGGACAACUGAAGAACCUUCGGUACCUGGAGCUGUAUGAGAACAAGUUGAGUGGACCAAUACCAGCUACCCUGGGAAACCUGAGGAGACUGGUCAGUCUUGAUCUUUACAGCAACCAUCUCACCGGCAUAAUACCGGCCUCGCUCGGGAACAUCGGGACACUGUGUUUCCUGAGGGUGCAUCGGAACAGACUGGCAGGAGGCAUACCGGCGUCGUUGGGCCGCCUGACGAAGCUUCUCAGGCUGGAGCUUCAGGAGAACAUGCUGACCGGCACGGUGCCGCUGGAGGUCCUGUCUCUUGUUUUUGUGGGGGAUUUGACUAAGCUAAAUGUUUCGAAAAACAGUCUCACCGGCACUAUCAGAUCAUCUAAACAAAGAGUGGCUACGAUCAUCCAGGACACGCUAAAGUGAAUAUUACAAUCUGGGCAGCAGGGCAAACUGAACUAUUGUAAGAAUAAAAUUGAAUGGUUUUCCAUUCUGAAACUGCUGGCAGCAGCCUGAGCUUUUGUAGACCUCUGUUACGUUCAGAGUCCAUGGCUAACAUACGUUUCAAUA